AUGUAAGCAUGUUUCUUUUUCGUGCCACAUCAAUAAUAAAUAGCAAAUGUGAAGUGUCAACGGUUCAAAAUAUGUUUCGCCAUCAACAAAAACAACAAAUGCUUUCAAUUAAAUAUAGAAUAACGUAAACAGUGCAAGAAUUAAAAAUGACAGCGCUUGUCAAGCGAACUGUCAGCGUGACAUUUAUCGCUGCUGAUAGCACACAACACUUAUGCAACACGCGAACGCGCGCAACUACCGCAGCGCAACAACAAAAACAAAAACAACGCGAUAAACGAAAAUCUACGAAAUGUCACCACCACACCACCCGACAAAUGGUGUAUGUAGGACGACCUUUGCUGCUACUCUUCUUCCUGCUAUAUGUCGCGCAACAUAUGCGUUGCGUCCACAUGUUGACAGAUGACAGCGCAUCCAGUGCAAAUCAGCUGCUCUCCUUCGUUGAGAGUACAGUGAAACCUGUAAAUAGUAGUGUUAGUGUAAAUAGCGUAAGUCCUAGCCGAAUUGGCUUAAGUGUUGACAAUGAGAGUGUACAAAAUGAUGUUGCGGCAACAAUGUUGCCCGCAACAUCGCCGCCAUCCAAACGAAAGCUGCGACGCAAAUAUCCCACAAAAAUGCAAAAUCAAACAGAAAGAGCAUUGGGGUCAACGGUGGGGCAGCGUUAUAAAGGCAAACGACGAAAAGUGUUGUUGCCGCGGGUGCAAUUGAAUGCAACAGCGCAAGCAACACGCAACAUGUCCGCUGGUGCGAUACAACAGCAGGCGCAACAGAUAAACGCUGAAAAUAUACCAAAGAAUGUGCGAAAGCCACAAAAGCUGCAGGAGCGGCAAAGGCAACGACAGUUGCAAGAACAAAAACAGCCAAGGCAACAAAAACCACAGUCAGCGCAACAGCAGCGGCAACUGCAGCGACCUCACGAGUUGAAGCGAACUAAAGAAGCAGUGCAGCAGCAACAAAAACAACAACAACCGCAAAGAUUGCUACUCACACAGCAGCAACAGCAGUUCUCAUAUAAUCCACGCGAAGGCCACUAUUACCAACAGCAACAAAGGCAACAACAAACACAACAACAGCAGCAACAACAAGUUCGCUUGCAACCAGCGGAGCAUCGUGAGCGUCCGACACAAGUGGACAACAUACAAAAACAGUACCAUUUCAUACCGCAACCCGACACACCGGCCACCACCUUACGUAUCAGCACGUCCAUCGAUCAUCAUCAUCAUCAGCAAAUCACAACGAAUACAACAACCACAAUAAGACAACAUAUCCAGCAGCAAGAACCACCAAGUCCUACAAACGAACAUCAUUAUCAACAUCGACAGCAGCAGCAGCAACAGCAACAGCCACAACAACAUAUUGUUAGCAAUUCAAGCAGCACAACGUCUAGACAUCAACACACCCAUCAGCAGCAACCGCAGAGCCAGCAACACACCGUCUACGAUACCACAACGAUACAGAAUCGUCAAGAUCACGUCGUCGUCCAGGGCAACACGGACAUAGUGGUGUAUCGCAAUAUUGGCACGUUGCCAUGCCCACCGAGCGUGCGUUUGGUGCCGCAUCGCUUCAUACCAGUGCACCCGCAACAGCGUACAAGGCCAAGGGAGUGUCAGUGUAGCCCGAUCGGCGCCAUCGCCGCCUCAUGUGACAAACGUACCGGUCAAUGUGCCUGUCUGGCCAACGUUACCGGCCGGCGUUGCGACAAAUGCAAAUCAGGUCAUUGGAACCUCACGCAAGGCGUCGGCUGCCAUGACUGUCGUUGCGAUCCGGCCGGUUCGCGCAGCCACGAAUGCAAUCCGUGGACGGGGCAAUGUGAUUGUAAGAUCGGUGUAGGCGGUCAACAUUGCAAUGAAUGUACGGACGGUUUUUACGGCUUCUCCACCGAUGGUUGUCAACGUUGUACGCAGUGCGCGGGCGAAGGACAAGUUUGUGAUCCGUUGAAUGGUCGUUGCAUCUGUCCGCCAAACAGUCGUGGGUUGGGUUGUGCACAAUGUGUGGCCGGUACUUGGGGUUGGCAGCCGCGUCUCGGUUGUCGCAAUUGUGACUGCGAUCGUAUCGGCUCAAUCGGCCAGCUGUGUGAAUCGUUGAACGGCCAGUGCCAGUGUCGUGAGGGUUAUGCAGGCCGGCAGUGUGACACGUGUGCGAUUGGUUACUUUGGUUAUCCGGAGUGCAGGCGUUGUAAUUGCAAUGUGGAUGGUUCGUUUGUGCACGCAGAUGGCUCGAUCACUUGCGAUGCGAAUGGCCAGUGUCCGUGUAAAGCGCUAGUUGUCGGUCUCAAAUGUGACACGUGCAUGAAGUCAACCUUUGGUCUGUCGGCGCUCAACCCGGAAGGUUGUACGCGUUGCUUCUGCUUUGGUCGUUCGAGUGAGUGUGUGCAAAGUGAAUGGUCGUGGGGACACAUACGCAUGGCGGAGGCACGCAAUUUGAGCGUGCAAUACAUACGACCGCAAUACGUUACGAAUACAGAGUAUGAGUAUAUUGUUGUUGUGCAGAUGGCGGGCGCAAAGAGCUAUCGCGAAGAUGCCGAAAUACACCUGCUCAACGAUCUGAAUUUGAUACCACGCUCCACGGGCAAUGUGUCAAUCGGCGCAUACACGAAUUUCUUUCAUCCACUCUACUUCCAAUUGCCACCACAAUUCUAUGGUGAUCGCACCAGCAGUUAUGGUGGUCACUUGUACUUUACACUUCUGAUCGAAGGCGCGAAUCGUCCACUGGAACGCAAUGUGCUCUCACGUUUCCCGCUAGUGCAGAUACAUGCGCACAAGAAGUUGGUGCUCGACUAUUACGAAUAUGAGAACUACGAGUAUGCGCUCAAUGUGACCUACAGAGUGACUCUUCACGAAUCGGAGUGGAAGUUUCAUCACAACAGUCAAACGGUGGAUCGUGCUACUUUGAUGGCAGCGUUGCAGAAUGUGCGACAUAUCUUUGUGCGCGCCUCGGCUUUCGCGGACUUCACUGAAGUAGUAUUGAGCAACGUUCACAUGGACUCAGCCAUUUAUGUAUACGGUUCCACGAAUAUGAUAGCCAAAGGCGUCGAGCACUGCAAGUGCCCGAAGCGUUAUGAUGGGCUCUCAUGCCAAGAUCCCGGUAAAGGUUUUUACCGUUAUCACAAUGUCACUGAAAUCGAAACCGUCUUCAUAGAGGAUCUCAUCGGACGCGUUGUGCCUUGUCAUUGUAACGGACGCAGCCAUGAAUGUGAACGCGAGACGGGCAUUUGUUUAAAUUGCCGCGACAACACGGGCGGUGGCCACUGUGAACAAUGUGCUGAUGGCUAUUAUGGCGAUCCGAAUUCGCCAUACGGCUGUCAGUCAUGUCCCUGCCCGGAGACUAGCCGUAAUUUCGCUAAAGGCUGUAAUGUCUGGCAGGGUGAAGUUAGUUGCGUUUGUAAACCGGGUUACACUGGCAAGCUGUGUAAUCAGUGUCGCACUGGCUAUUUCGGCAAUCCACUGGCUUAUCCGAAUAGCACCUGUCAGCCGUGUAGCUGUAAUCUGGAUGGGUCUACAAACGAUGACUGCGACAGUCAAACCGGACAGUGUCAGUGUCGGCCCGGUGUGACUGGUCUGAAGUGCGACAGAUGUAUUGCGGAACGUAGUCAUCUUGAAGAUCGCGGCUGUCGAAUUUGCGACAAUUGCACACUGUUGCUGCUGGACUACAUUGAGCUGAUUGGCAAUAAGUUGCGCCGUGGUCUGCACAAUAUGGAUAUGACUGGCAUACCGGCACCUUAUCUGAAAGUAGAGGACUACGAGCGCGACUACAACACGCUACAAAUUCACUACGAAGACUACACGAAUGCACGCAAACUUUUGGGAAACUAUGAUGCCAACGAAUUGUUGAAGAUCGACUCACAUGCCGAGAAUAAUAAAUUUCAGUCACGCAAAGCGCUGGCCACUGCGAGUAAACGUAAAGAAGCUACUGGGCAGCUACGCAACGAUGUUACCGCCCUUUACGUGGAUAUGGGUGCGCUUCGUUCCGACAUCUUGCAAUAUAUUUUCACGCUCAACAAUUACGGCAAGAGUGAGCAGCAUAUGAGCCUACCAAUGGCGUUGGAUCAAGCGCGGUUCUAUCUGGACUCCAUACGACAACAUGAGGAAACCGUGAAAAACAUACGCAACUCCACGCAAUGUGCUUGGCAUUUCUACUAUCACUUCGGCAACGCUUCGGAUGCGGCAUUCGAUCAGAAAGCGCGUGUCGAAAUGUUUUGGCGCGAUCUGAAUCAAAGCAAUUUUCGCAUAUCCGAUAUGCGUCUACACGCCGAUCGUACGGUGGAAAUGCAAAACGAGAUCGAAGACACUUUGGAGCAUGUGUUGAAUUUGCGCAAUCAUGUUGCGGAAAAUUAUUAUAAAAUCAAUGAGCUGGGCACUGAUGUCACGGAUUAUUUGAAUCAGAGCCUAAUACCGCGCACAAAUCUAUUGAUCGAGCAAAAUUGGGCACAACAAGAGCAACUAACAGGUGUGACCGAUUCGAUUGAUAGACUCUAUGAACAAUUGAAUAUUUCCAUGGAUGAUAGUGAGAGCAUACAGCAAGAGGUGCGCAAGCAUUGGCUGCCGAAAGCACAAAAACAUGCCGAUAGAUUAAUGGAGCGUUCGAAUGAGUAUACCAGACAGUUUCAACCCACCAGAAAUGGUGCGAAAAUCGCGUUAUUAGCAAGUUCCGCACAUAAAAACAUUUCCGACGCCAUAGAUGCCGCACGGCGAGCCUCGAUUGAAGCCAAAGAACGUGUUUGGGAAGCGCAAAGACGACUCUAUCCCGACGAUGGCAGCUCUGUGAUUGAACAUGCCGAGGUAUCACUAAACAAAUCCAGGGCACUACAAAAGGAAGCGCUUGACGAAAUGGAACGCACCAAUGCGCUCAAGCAAAAACUCAAAAUACACGAAGACAAAGUUGAUAGCAUAAAAACAACGAUCUAUGACGCGGGCACACGCACUAACAAUGUCUCAGCGCACUUACAUGCCGCGGCUAACAACUCAGCGCGUAGGUUGGCUUUGGAGAGCAUAGACAUGGCGAAGAAUAUAAGCAAUGAAAUGCGACACGAACUGCAGAAAGCCAGACGGAUGCACGAGGAAAUACUAAAACUACGCGAAAAGUUUGCCAUCUUAGAACCGGAUUGGGAAAUAAAGCUGGGACGUGCCGAGGAGAAUAUAUCGCUCACAAAGACCAAUAUACGUCUGGCCAAUAUAUCGCUGUCGUAUGUGGAAGAACAAGCACAGAAGGAGAAGGCGAAAUUCGAUGAAUGGAAUAAUACGAUGUCCAGCCAAGUGCAGGAACUUCGCGACAAAAUCGCCAAGGCACGACAUGCAGCAGAGGGCAUCAAAAUCUCACUGGAAUCGCUGAAUCCGAAGUGCUCGCGCACAUAUCUACCCACUUUAUAUGGGCUCUCCACUUCGAACACUAUAAAAAUUUCAUUUGCGCUGCCCAAUCGUAACGGCAAUUCACCGCUGUUGCACAUACAAGGCAGCGAUGGGCGUUACAUCGCACUCGAACUCUACAAGCGACAUGUGCGUCUAGUUUGGAAUCUUGGCGGCACCACUACCAUCAUUACACAUCCAUUGGAAGUGCAAACGCGUGAUCCCAAGUAUGACGAUGCCUGGUAUCAUGUGGAAGCGAAUCGCACGCUGAAUAUUGGUAGUCUCUUGGUACGGCGCAUGAAUAACUAUGGCGCACUGGUGCCCGGUCAAGCCGUAACUGGUAAUACCGACGCUGGCUAUACACGUUUCUUUCAAACGCCCAACGAACGCAUACACCUCGGCGGUUAUCCGAGCGAUAUGUCACAGAAGGAGAUGCAACAAAGUGCGGGUCUCAAUAUUGUCAUACACAAUGUGGAGGUGGACAAUCGACCCUUGGGCAUAUGGAACUUUAUCACCAGUGAGGGACGUUGUGGUGGCGCAAUUAUUGGCGCACAGGAAUCCACAUCAACCUCGAUAGCGAGGCACUUCAAUGGCGUGGGUUAUGCGAAGGUGAAGAAGUCACGUUUAAGAUCGUAUCGCGCGAAUUUGUUUGCGCUACAAUUGACCUUCAAAACACUGGAUGAGAAUGCGCUGCUAUUCUUGGCGGUUGAUGAUAAGAAUAACCGCUCCGUGUCAGUGACGCUCAGUCGUGGACGCAUUAUGUUCCGCAUUGAUUACGGCGAUGAGGCGAAGUUGGAAAUAAACACCACCAACAAAUACAACACGGGUAAAUGGGUUAAGAUUGAGGCAGCGCGCGAGUUCGUGCCGAAACGCGGCACUGAGAAUGGCAUAUUACGCGUGAACAACGAACGUGCCAUCACUGGUUCGCCCACAGUGCCUAUUAAAAGUCACAUGUUGCCUGAUUUAUCAAAACCGGUAUACUACUUAGGUGGUGUGCCGCCAGGUUUCAAAUCGGGUACAUCCAAGGCGCCUGGUGCGGACAAUCCCUUCUUGGGUUGUAUGAAGGACGUGCAAGUCAACAGAGAAACUUACGAUCCACUGGAGAGCUCAACACACUUUGGCGUCGAGCCGUCAUGCAAGGAAAUUAUAACAAAAGCCGGCUUUACAGGACAAGGUUACAUCGAACUACCCUCCCAGUCGCUACGCAAGCGCGCCAACACCGGUUUCGUCUUCCGCACCUUACAACCAGAUUGUUUACUACUCCUCUCCGCCUAUCCACCCGAAGUUGCUGAGGACUAUGACGACAAAGACAUCAAGGGCAACUACUCGAUCAGCUUAAUCGAUGGUCAACUGCAAGUUUGGAUCAACUCCGGACGCAGUCUGUUGAAAAUCAUUUCGAACAACACGCUUAACGAUGGCGAAUUCCAUGUGGUGAAUUUAAUUAAAACUGGUCGCAAAUUCGAACUGAUGGUUGAUGAUGAGUUGCAAGAUACAAAGAGUUUAACUGGCGCGCCCACACUUGUCAGCAUGCCACGUGACGCUGGUGGCCUAUAUAUAGGCGGUGCGCCGCCUUAUAAGGAGUUCACACCACUAGCGCCUACAUUUAUCAAACUAGAGGGCGCCAUACGCGAUGUGGUCUUUAAUAAUCAUACGGUCAACUUGAAUCAGGCGGUGGCCUUCUCCAACGUGCAAAUCGGCCGAAACGGCCCUCCAAUGGGCACCUUCAAUGGACUGCUCGAUGCACUGCUUAAGACUGAGCCGAUGAUUGGCAAGAGCUUUACCGCAUCGCCUGAGGGAUGCUUAAGGGUCGGCAGCUAUUCGUACGAGCCGAGCGCCUUUAAAUUUGGCGAUAUAACGCACAGUUACGCCCAACUUCAAGUGCCACAACGCAAUUUCUGGCAACGUAAUUUUCACAUCUCUUUCGGUUUUCGCUCCUUCUAUCCGAACGGUUUAAUCUUCUUAGCACCGGGCAGCAAGGAGAAGCAUAAACACUAUGUAGCACUGUUGCUCAAGAAUGGUCAACUGCUGUUGAUUGUACGCGGUCGUCGACGUGAAGAAUUGAAAUUAACAGCAAAAUUAGAUGACGGCGAGUGGCAUCACGUGACGAUAUUGUGUCAAGAACGCAAAGUAACCAUGUCGGUGGAGAUUGGUCAAACCGAUCAGAAGACAUCGGCGCAGAUGAAGGUGCCGAAAAAGAUUGCCGCCACAAAUGUGCUCUAUGUUGGCGGUUUGCCCGAGAAGUUGCCCAAGUUGCCAAGCGAGUUGCUGCAACGUGUGGAAGCCUUCAAAGGUUGUCUACGACGCAUGAACAUAAAUAAUAACACGCAAGAUCUGGCGCGUCCCGGCAAACAUCUGCAUGUUGGACAGUGUUUUCCAAAAGUGGAGAAGGGCGCAUAUUUCCCUGGCGAUGCCUACGCGAUAUAUAAACGCAACUUCCAUGUUGGCAAAUACUUAGAGUUCGAGCUUGACUUUCGCACGUCUGAACUUUUCGGUGUACUGUUGACGGUCUCAGAGCCAUCAGGCUUUCCAGCGCUCUCACUCGAACUCAACAAUGGCAAUAUAAUCUUCUCAACCGACCUUGGCGAUGGCAUGCCAUUCCGCGUACAAUCGGUACUACCUAGCAAAUACGCUUUAUGCGACAAUAAAUGGCAUAACAUUUCGGCGCUCUACGAUUACGAACACAUCACUUUACGCAUCGAUCAGAUGGCAACGACCAAAGCGAGAUCGACACAACAACGCAACAACAGUAAAGUACAAACAAAGUCCGGGCUCUAUAUAGGCGGUCUACCAGAAAUCGCACCCAGCGGUACGUUGCUCGCACGCGAAAACUUCAAAGGCUGCAUACGCAAUGUGUCCAUACGUCAGGAGCGACGCGAUUGGAUCGACAUGGACGAGCUCCAUAACGUUUUGCUAAGCGAAUGUCUGGUCACAGGCGUGGACAACUGAUUGUGAUUGUGUGCGAAUAACAUAUGUGUGAUUAAAGAGUAUGUGCUCAGUAGUUAAGGUGAGAGUGGUCACAGUAUACUAUUUAGUAUGUAGACAACGCUGGAAUAUGUAUGUAGCAGCUAUCUUUGUUUAUGUUUAAGUAGACCGUUAAUGCCAUUUGGUAGACCAGUAGCAUACUAAAAAAGACUAGUUAUGGCGUAAGCUUGAGACCUUUGCAUAUACUGCCGGGUUAUUAUUGCAUAUAUGUACAUAUGUAUGUGAGUUGCAAUGUAUCAUUGCGAUGAGCGUUUAUUUUGAAAAUAAUAGCCAUAAACGUAUGGAAAGUAUCAAAGCGUUAAACUUUACCAAUAAAAAAGAAUUCAUAUACACGCGCCUCCGGAUUUUGCUCAAAGAAAGUAAAACUAAAAUUUUUGUCGAAAAAAAUUUAAUUUAUCUAAAAGUUUUAAAUUUUUCUUUAAGAUACAUAAAAAAAAUUCGAGAAAAUAUAUAAUUCUAAAAAAUAAAAAGUGAAAAAAAUCUAUUAAAAAAAAUAACAAAUUUCUUCAAAAAAAUUAGCGAGUAAAAAUUGAAUUUUUCAAAAAAAAAAUAAUUUUUUUUCUAACACGUUC